AUGGACCUGACCUCGUCGCCAAUUCUACCUCUGACUUCUGAUCCGGCACUCUGCGACGAUUGGGAAGAGCAACUUGACAACUCGAAAAUACCUUUCAGCACGAACUCGGACGACUUUGAAGCUCUACAUAUCAUCCAACAGGAGACCAUUUCUAGGAAGAACAAGGCAAGAGAAGUUGUACAGCAUAGGGCGUGGUCACUUCUGGACGUAUUUCGGAGUGAGGCAGAUCAUAUUGACGAAAGUCCUGUACGAUCACGUUCAAACAAUAACUACUUUCCAUUUACAUCGUCUCCGCCAAAACUCAAGAUGCCUUCUGUGUCCUCACCAGUAGCGUAUCCCCCAAGCUCCUCCCCACCGCAAGUAAAACGUUCGCGUCCAGUCCAGCCCGCAGAGGCCCGAAAGCCGAGAACUAUUGGAGGUUUUCUCCCAGAAGAAGACUCGGACGAAGAUGAUUUCUCGAGAGCGGAGCCUCCCCCGAAGAGAAGGAUGCUAGACAAUGGAAGGUCACCGAGUCCAGAACUUCAACACGACACAACAAAAGAAUUCCCGACGGAGCACCCAGAGCCAGUGGCACAAGAUGGUGGGCCUGUUGGCGGAAUGCCAAUCGAAAAUUGCGAGCAGCUCAUUCCAGUUACGCUCGGCGAGCCUCCGGCCACUGCGCCUAUACCAGAUGCCCCCGGAACUGUCGAUGACAUUGCUCUACCUUCAUUUCUAAGCAAGCGAAUGAAAAAGUCUGCCGAGGUGGUGACAUGCUCUGGCAAAUCAGUAUCGAUUCAGCAGCGUAAAAAAGAUGCCAGCAUUCCUUUCGAACAAUUGGUUGCAGCUAGAUCUACUGUCAAGGCUGGUCGGGCCAAGAAGAGCUUUUAUGGAAUCGAUAUCCACAGCUUGAUUGACGAAGCAUCGAAAGAGACUACCAAAGCCAAAGCGGCAAAAGGAACGUCAAAGGAUAAUCUCCUACCGUCAGUGGAGGGAUCGAGCACGAAACUAAAGACAAGGAGGACUCUCAUGUGGACCGAGAAGUACCGGGCAAGAAGCUUUAUGGAGCUCGUGGGCGAUGACCGGACACAUCGACAAGUUCUGAAAUGGCUUAAGGCUUGGGACCCUCUUGUGUUUCCCAAGGCAGGUAAAACGAAAGCAGCUGUACCAUCGAAACCCGGAUUUCAAGACGACGAAAAGGCCCAUCGGAAGAUUCUAUUGUUGACUGGACCCCCUGGACUUGGAAAAACUACUCUAGCACAUGUCUGUGCUCGACAAGCUGGUUACGAAGUUAUGGAGAUCAAUGCCAGUGAUGAGAGAAGCAGUAAUGUCGUGAAAAACCGGAUACGAACGAGUGUUGGUACCGAGAGCGUGAAAACAGGUUCGACGAUCACUUCGAAAUCCGGCCAUGUACAGAAAGUUGCUCAUCCGCUCUGCGUUGUUGUCGAUGAGGUAGACGGUGUGGUUGGUGGCUCCGGUGGAUCUGGAGAAGGUGGAUUCAUCAAAGCCUUGAUUGACCUGAUUCAACUAGACCAGAAGAACACUACCACUGUCAACCAAAAUCUCGGAUAUACGAAGAAAAAGAAGAAAGGUGACGACUUUAAGCUAAUGCGACCCAUCAUCCUUAUCUGUAACGAUGUCUAUCACCCAUCUCUCCGGCCCAUACGCCAGUCCAGUUUCGCUGAAAUAAUCCAUGUACGAAAACCUCCCUUGGAUGCAGUGGUCGCACGCAUGAAAUCUGUAUUCGAUAAAGAAGGGGUUCCGUGUGACAACGAUGGUGUCCGAAGAUUGUGCGAGGCUGCUUGGGGAGUCAGUCCGACCGAAUCACGCAAGGGCAAGGAAAGUUCUGGGGAGGGAGAUCUACGAGGUAUUAUGGUAGUAGGCGAGUGGGCAGCGAGGAAGCUAAAAGCUUCAAAGAAGGACGGUACAGCAAAACUUACACGAAAAUGGGUUGAGCAAAAUAUGACAAGCGAUCUCGGUCAUGGUGGAGGAGGAGCUCGUGGUGUCGGGCGAGGGGGCACCAAAGACCUGGUAAACAGGGUAUUCUUGGAGGGAGCAGGGUUUCCAAGAACCACGAACGCAGGACCUAUGCUUGUUUCGGUAGAGGGCCAGCCUCAAGCCCAACUCGGAGUUGCAGAAAUAGCCAAGAGGGCUGGUAUGGACAGGCUGCGAGAGAUGGUUGACACCAGUGGAGAAAUAGAUCGCAUAGUGACAGAUAUCUGGUCUCAAUAUCCCCGCCAGCCCUUUAACGAUGACUCCAUAAUGUCGAAGCCGGAUGCUGCAUAUGAGUGGCUGCACUUUCACGACACCUGCUCUGCCCGGGUCUUCAAUUCCCAAGAAUUCGAAUUAUCACCUUACCUGAGCCAACCUGUUCUAGCAUGUCAUCACUUGUUCUCGUCUCCUGCUCGCCAUUACUUUGGUGGAAACGAGGACAAGAAAUGGGGCGACGAAGAGGUAGAAGAGGAGCCGCUCCCAUUUUCUGGACCCAGAGCAGACUACGAAGCGCACGAAGCAGAGAAAUCAAACCGCGCGACUAUACUUGCUCUGCAAGCUAGCCUCGAUGCAACACUAUCGAGAAGUUUCAGAAGUCCCGAGGAAAUUGCCACAGAUCUGUUGCCCUAUCUCGUCAGGAUGCUUACUCCAGAAAUCAAGCCCAUCAUUGUAGGUGGUAGCGGUGACCAGAAAGGCAUAGCCAGUGUCCGAAAGGAGGCGGAAAAGGCAAUGGUGAAACGAUCUGUGGAUGUGAUGGGAUCGGUGGGAGUCAUUUUUGAACGCGGGAAGCUCGAAAGCGAUUUUGGGAACAGGGCGCCUACUUGGGUGUAUCGUAUGGAGCCACCACUGGAUACGCUGGUUCUAUUCGAGACCGCUGUCAUCUCCUCGGGAGCACCUCCUCCAGUCCGCUACGCAGUCCGACAAGUACUGGACCAAGAGUACCAGAAGAAUAUUAUCGUUCGCGAAAACGCCAUGAGGCAAGCACGUUACAAAGCUGGGAAUCAAGGCGAUGAUGCCGAGUUUUCGAUCGCUGCCAAGGGGGACAAAGGACAUCAUGUUACAGAGAUGGUGGUUGGAGCCAAGAAAGACUUCUUUGGCAGGGAGAUAAGCGAGGAUAACAUGCCGUCGCAGGAGAUCGAUGGGAAUGCUGAGGGCGAGGGAAGGAAAAGGAGGAAGACCGGGGUGAAGGAUGAUAACAAGGUGUGGGUUAGUUUCCAUGAGGGGUUCUCGAAUGCGGUACGGAAACCGAUCACCGUGGAGGAGCUGCUGAGAGGACUGUAA